AUGACGACUGAUAUCAAAGCAACAACACACUCUUUCAACCAGGGCGCGGCAAUGCUCGUGAUAUGGGGUUCUCUCAACCCCGAGGACACUUCGAUUGACGAGAAUGCCCUCAACGCCUGGUGGACCAACGAACAUCUUCCCGAACGUCUUGCGAUCCCAGGAUUCCACCGGACACGCCGGUACUUUGCGAGGGACCCCGAGACGGCCGCGUCGCAGUAUCUGGUGUGCUACGAGGUUUCGGCGCUUUCGACCCUUACCUCGCCUGAUUACAUGGAAGCAUUGAACAACCCUACCCCGGGCACGAAACAAUACAUGCCGGUCCUUGCGUCGAUGAACAGGUCGGCGUGCAACGUGCUCUUCUCCGUCGCACGAGAUGAGUUUGACAAGUGUUCCACCGGCGUCGGCGCCACGAUAGCACACAUUGUAUUUUAUCCGCCUCGGUCAGCCGAGGCCAGAACGGAUUUGGGCAAAUGGAUACAGGCUGUAGGUUGGCCCAGCCUCGCGGCAUUUCCCAGUUCUCUGGCGCUGCACCUGUUGGAACACGACGACGAGGCGACAAAAUCAGGCAGCUCCACCAAGUCGUACGACGAGGUUCGGUUCCAAGCAGAUGAUUCCAAGCAAGACCAGUCGCGGUGGAUGGUCAUCAUCGAAUUCGCGGAACCGAUCGGCGCGCCGUUCGGGAAGGCCUCCGCCCUGACGGGCACGAUCGUGGAUAAGUUGGAUGAGAUUGGGGCGGAGGAGAUGGACGUGAGGUUGUACGGGUUGAUCUGCGCCGUCAGAGAAUGA